UUUUUCACCUCGAGACACAUUUGGUCAAUAUAGCUCGCAGUCUAACAACGUAACAUUAUCAUCAUUUACUUCUACAACGGAUUAUAACAGAUGCAAAUAAAGAAAUGGAUAUAACAGACAAUAACAAUAGGGACCCAGUAUUGGCCAUGGGUAACGAGGUGUCCCAUAGCACGGGGGUAAAACAAAGUGUUGGGGGCGGUGGUAAGGUUGGCCAGUUUCACAGGGUGCUGGUCGAGUCAGAUUAUGCCGUGCCAGACCUAAGGGAACCAGUUGUGACUGACGAUAUACAUCAACAAGAAACUCUUAAUAAACGAGAAGUUGAAAGUGUGACUGAGUUAAAAGCAGACCACAAUUCUGAAAAAGAAAAGAAACAAGAUGCUUCCGGUGACAGUGAAUACUCUUUAAUCGAGGAAUGUAAAGCGCUGAUAAGUGAAGCAGCUGACAGGGCGGUCCAGAGAUCAAUAAGCCGAACAAGCAAAGGGGAACAGGUCACUGAUAUAGACGAAAUCCGCACAGAAGAAGCAUUGCAAGAAGUGCACAUAGUAGAUCAAGCAAAGUCAGCGUCUGUUCUCCAUCUUAAUCAAGUUUUACCUGGUCCUUCCAGUGAAAAUACAUACAGCAAUAUUGACGUAGACAAAAAUGAAGUAGAACAAUCUGAAGUGAAAAGAGCUAAGGUGAAAAGUGAAAUAGCUGAAACAGUGAAAAGAAGUGAAGUGGACACCAGUUACGCGCUAAAAUGUGGUAUACUGACUGGGUCUAAUGAAGAUAUUUUUGAGAAACGAAAUAAAGAAAAGAUCAGUAAAAAACAAAAUAAAAAAUCAAAGUCCACAGAAAAUAUCUUCCAACGUGAAGUUAUCGAAUCUGUAAAAGAACAUUUUCAAAACGAGAAUACUUUGGAAAAAGAAGAAAACCAAACUUUUGAAUCAAAACGUUCUAAAGAUAGUUUCAUUGCCAAAAUGUUUAAAUUUAGCAAAAGAAAACCACGAGCUGAUGCAAACGUCUCUGCGGAUAUUAAAACACCAGUGAGAGAUGAAAUUGUUGAAGAAAUUUCUCAAGAAAGUAAUGCACAGCCAGUGAAGUCUGACGAGUCUGAUCAAGGGAAUACUGAACAGUCUAAUAAAAGGAACCAUGAAAUAAGAAGAUUAAAUUCUCUUGAUAGCGGAAUCGUAGUUGACAAAUGUUCUGAUAAUGCAAACAAUGGAAGUGUGGAAUAUGCCGUUGUUCAGAAGACAAAGAAAAAAAUAAAGGAUUUAAUUAAAACAAAUGACAUUACAACCCCACAAUCUAAAGCGGAUGAUAGUGAGAACAUAGUAACACAGGAAAAGGAGGUUGAAACUGUAGCUAACAUUAAAGUAGACACUAAAAGUAAACAAACUGAAGAAGUCUAUAUAAAUGGUGACAAGACUGAUGAAGACUUUGUUUAUAUCAAUGAACGAGCAGUGGAUGUUGAUGGUUUGGAUGGGCCAAGUGAAGCUAUUGUGUCAGAAACAUUAUCUCCAGUGAGCACCAGUGCUAUGGUAAAUAAAUCAGAAGAAAAACAUGUAUUAGAUGAUGAACAACAGUCCACAGUAUCCAAUGAUUCAGGCACAAGCUCUGGAUCUAUAAUUAGAAGAUCAGACAUGUUGGCACCAGACAAAUCCAAACUGAAGAAAAAGAGUUGGUCUUUUCAGUUAGGAGGAAAAAAGAAACCAUCAGAUGAUAUGGAAUCUCACAGUGUUGUUUCCAUGGACCCAAAUGCCUCCAAUACAGUAGAACCUAAGAAAUCCAGGUGGAAAUUUGGAAAAUUUUCUUUUCGUAAAGGAAGUGAUGAUGUUUCAUCUUCCACUCCAAAUCUCCACAAAGCUGGAAUACCAGAAGACGGGCAUGAGGUAGUGAUGAGGAAGCACUCUGAUGACAAGAAGAAAACCAAACUGAAGAAAAUUAAAGCAAAGAAAGAGAAGAAAAGGUCACCAAAGAAGAACAGUAGCUCAUUAGAUCAGAGGAGUAUCUCUAUGAUAGAGAUUGGUCAAGGAGAAUCACUGGCACCAAGAAAUAGAAGAAGUAUAGUAGAAGAGGACCUUAACUUUACUCAGACUGAUGUUUUUGAGGGUGUGUCCCUGUCAGACCUAUCACAAGAUGAAGAGGCAGAAGUUUCAACAAAUCCUGCUGGUGGGAAAGGUGAUGAAAAGAAAGGUAGCAAAAUGAAAGAAGACACCACAAUUAUUGACAAAAUCAAGUCUGCUGUUGUAAAUAAAACUGAAAAAAUUGCAAAACAAAAAUCACUUGAACUUCCCACCAUAGACACUGCUGUAAAUCAGAAAACUGAUACUUCAAAACUAGAAAAAUCUGAUUCAGUUGAAGACAAAAUACAUGUAACACACGCAGAGUUAUCUGAAAAUAUAGAAUCAAAAUUGAAAGAGUCUUCAAGCCAAGAACAUGUGGAAGGUGAAUAUGUAAACAUUGUAAGUACAAAAUUACAAACAGUUCAUAAUGCUCCAAAGAGCAAUGAAAAUAAUGACAUUGUAGCAGAUGAUGUUGAAUAUGCACAGGUAGUUAAGACAAAGGUAAAGGAAGUUCAUGAAAAUAUUGAUGAAACCAAGCAAACAUUCCAAUCUUGUGUCCCUGAGCAAAUGCUGAAACUUGAUACUGCCAAAGUUUUAAAUGCUGAAAUAAAUGAAACUGAUAGCCAAUCAGAUGUUACAGAAACAAAUGAAAAAUUAAAGUUUGAAAAUACUGAUAAAGAAACUUUAAAAGAGGAAGAAACAGAUUUGAAAUCUCGUGGCACAGCUUUUUCAAACAUGAUUUAUUCUGAUGAAGAAUUUACAGCAAAACUAGCAGGUAAGAUAGAAACCAAAACAGACUGUGGAAACGAAGAUGAAAAUGAUGCUUAUGUUGAAAUACAGGAAAUUGUAGACAAUAUUGGUGCUAAUGAAACUUCAAAAGAGCAAGUUGAUGAGAAAAAUGAGAUUAAAAUAAAACCUGUGGAUUUGGAAGACAGUGUAAAAGAAAUUGGAAUUACUGAAAGUGCUGUUGUUAUUGAAAGUGCUGAUAUAACCAUACAAGAGAAAAAGGUAGAUGUCAGUGAUAAUGUCGAAGAGGUUGUUGUUGAAGAACUUGUUAUUGACAAAACUGACUUUGUAAAACAAGAAAGUGAAACUGGUAAACCAGAUAUUGAGGAGAUGGUAAAACAAUCUGUCAAAAAAGUAGAAGGAAGUUUAAUGAUAUUACCAGAUAGUAGUCCAGCAACAAGAGAUGCUGACACUGACAUUCAACAGACAGUUAUAAAGACAAAUAAAGAAGGGAGUGUAAUAGUUUUAAAAGAUGUAGGUGUGCAGGUACCAGAUAUUUACAUGCCUCUGGACAAAGAGAAGGACUUUGGUUUUACAGCAAACAAUAUUCCUUGUGUUAGUAUUGGUAUUCAGGUGACAGACAAAGAUUUAGACAUUGAACAUGUUGUUGUAUCUAUGAACAAGGAAGAUGAUAAAGAAAAUGUUUCACCUGCCUACUUCUGAUACCUAUAAAUAGAUUGUUUAUUACAUACUUAUCACAUUUGUAAAGUUAUUUUAGAAAGAUUCUACUAUUUUAAGUUUAUAUAUAGUUUUGAGAAAGAAUCAAUCCAACAAAAUACACAAUAAAGCUACUACAGACAAAGCAUGUUUGGGAACAAUUUCAAAAUUAUAUCAUAAGCCUGUCCCUAAUAGGCAGUCUGUAUAAGAUAUAGUACUGUAUUAUUUAUAAUUAAAGUGUUAGAUUGAUUUUUACCAGUGUAAGAUCCUUUGACAUAUAAAGAAAUUUUUU